AUGUCUGAAUCCUCACAACCACAACAAGUAAAUCUUGCUGCAUUAUCAUUGGAGCAACUCGAAAUGGUUAAAGAACAAGUUGAGAAUGAAAUUCAAACACUUUCAGACUCGAUGUUACAAUUGAAGCAUGCUGCCACCAAAUAUCUAGAGGCAAAGGAAGCUAUUCAAGGUUUAGCUGGUGCUGAAGGAAAAGAGAUUUUAGUACCACUUACUUCAUCGUUAUAUUUACCAGGUAAAAUAAAUUGUAAAGAUAAAGUUAUGGUUGAUAUUGGUACUCAAUACUUUAUUGAAAUGGAUUUAGAGCAAGGUCAAGGUUUUACAAAUAGAAAAGUACAAUUAAUUCAAGAUCAAGUCAACAAGGUACAACAAGCAGUCAAUGUAAAAAGAAAUCAUUUAGAUCAAAUCAUUCAAGUUGCUCAACAAAAGAUACAAUUAAUUAAACAACAACAAGCCGCUGCAGCAAAGAAAUAA